CCAUUAAUGAAACUUCCAGUAAUGAAUACAAAGCAGAUAAUAUGGAUUAAGUUAAGAAGAUGGAGAGAAAUGAAGGAAACUUGGGAAAGGGAAAAAAAGAGAGAGAAUAUCCCAAAACUCUCGCUACAAAAUCCGGAAAAAUGAUCAAAAGCGACUCAUUACAAAGAAAUUCUGCUUAUACUAUAAUUUCUCUAACUAACAUUCAAUUUUGGCUACUAAAACUCUGACACGUGGCUGUCUGAGCCAACCGUUGAAGUGGUCCUCGGUUCAGGCGAGCAAUCAGCAUUCAGCAAUGUGAUUUUUCCAGUGAAAGCGUGCUUGCCUUCACAAUGACUCUGCUUGCCAACGUUCACGCUUUCAGCUCCAUCUGUCACGCUUUCUUCAUUUCCUUUCCUGAUUGACACUUCUAAGCUACUGAUCGAUCCUCCUACUCCAUCAAGGACAGCGGGGACUAUGGAUGGCUUUGCCUUGAGGGCGAGCUUGGGAGGCGGAGUAGAAAUGAAUUAGAUCAAAGGCGGAGCUAUUGAUGAUUAACCAAGGUAUUUUGGGUAUUUGAAGAGAUAUUGUCUGGCAGGAAAUUCAUAAUCCGAUGGCGAGGCUUUUAUCAAGAACAUUCAAAUCCCUCAAGCCCCAUCACAACAUCAAUCCUUGCCCUAAACCUCUUCUAAAGGCUCCAACAACUUCAGUGGCAACCCCAUCAAAAUCGGAAUUCUCUUCAUCAUCACCAUCGUUGAAGACAGCGCCUGAAGUAUCAUCUUCGAAAUCGAAAUCAAGAUUAUCAAAAUCAUUGAAGAAUUCUUGGUCUGUGUAUCUGAUUCUAUCAACCAAUCCGCCGAUCAAGACUUAUGUUGGGGUAACCACCAAUUUCUCUCGCCGCCUGAAGCAACACAAUGGUGAAGUUAAUGGUGGUGCAAAAGCAUCUCGUGCGGGAAGGCCGUGGGUGUGUGCAUGCCUUAUAAAAGGUUUUCGUGACAAAAGUGAAGGUAUCAUGGAACUCAAAGUUGUUGCAUUUGAGAGAUUAUUACUACUUAAAACCUGUGACUUGAAACUAUAAAAUUUCCAAAUGCUU